GUUUUGAUUUUUUUCAGUGGUGGAAACAAGACUUCAUACCAUUGUUAUUGCUGACUAAAUCAUUGCAAAAGUGUUGAUGUUAAGUGCAAAAAGUAGCAAACGUCUAAGUGAGAUUUCGGUCUUUGUCAGCCUGUAAGCUUCUGGAAACGAAUCUGCGUCGCUCUGAGGUUCGCCAGGGACUUUAUGACUGAAGAAGUGAAAGAGCAGUCACUGAUUCAGCUGUGGUGGUGGCGGCGUGGCAGUCAGACAGAAAUUCAGAGUUUGUUGAUGAAAACCUGCCAGUGAACAGAUUUAGUUCACAGAUUCUUUUAACCUGGUAAUUUACUUUUUCUGGAGCAGAAUGUGAGGGUUUCUUUCUAUCUUAUCGGCGUAAUAAUGUCAGCGCUAAGCUUGCUUCCUGGAAUAGAGUUUGGGUCUGUCAUUAAGUGACCAACACCUCAUCAAACUAUGGAGAAACUGAAAAAAGAAGCACUUUCUUCACAAGCAGUGACAGAAAGAGAUCAGUUUGUGGAACCAGCAGAGGUACGUGGACAUCAGUGGAAAGACGGAGAGAAAGUAAGAUGGCCGAGGAGCCAAAGAUUGAACUCUUUGUAAAGGCCAGUUAUGAUGCUGAGAGUGUGGGGAACUGCCCUUUCUGUCAGAGACUCUUCAUGAUUCUUUGGUUAAAAGGGGCCAACUUUACCCUGACCACUGUAGACAUGAAGAGGGCUCCAGAUGUACUGAAGGAUUUGGCUCCAGGCUCUCAGCCUCCCUUUCUCAUCUACAAUGAUGAAGUCAAAACGGACACUAAUAAGAUUGAGGAGUUCCUGGAGGAGACCUUAGCCCCACCACAGUACCCAAAAUUGUGCUGUCGAUACAAAGAGUCCAACAGUGUUGGAGAAGACAUCUUCCGAAAAUUCUCAGGAUAUAUCAAGAAUCCCAAUCCUGGUUUGAAUGACAUGCUUGAGAAGAAAUUUCUUUCCACUCUGGUGAAGCUGAACAUGUAUCUAGAAACUCCUCUCCCUCACGAGCUGGACCAAAACCCGGAUCUUACUGUGUCUUCACGCCUCUUCCUGGAUGGUGACAGCCUUACCUUGGCAGAUUGCAACUUGCUUCCCAAACUCAACAUUGUCAAGGUGGUGAUUAAGGAGUACCGUGACUUUGCCAUCCCUGCAGAGCUCAAAGGUCUGACACGUUACCUACAGAAUGCCUACAAACGGGACGAGUUUCGCCACACCUGCCCAAAUGACUCAGAGAUUCUCCUCGCCUACCAUUCUGUCGCCCAGUACCUAAGCAAAUAGAGGAGUAAACUAAAACAGCACUCAUGAAAUGAAGGAAAGUAAAAACAGAAAGAGAUAAAAUGCAGAAGACUCAAAUAUACCAUGUUGAAAAUUAAGUUCGAUAUCUGUUUAAAUUACAUCUGUCCGGACAAUAAAAAAAUUGGCAGUUUAAUCAUUUACUUUCUAUAAAAAGUAUGGUUGUUUCCAUGACUUUGGCUCCCUCUAGUGUUUCUUGAGUGUUUUUGUAAAUGCCGUGUACGUGCGUGUUUUGUGUCUGAACGUAAUGUUAAGUGCACUUAAUUCAUUCAAAUCAGAUUUUAAACUACACAUUAUUUUAGCAUACACAUAAAAAGAUGAAUGGCUGUACAUAACUCCUCUUUACAUAUUUUUAUAUAGUGACUGCAUAUUAGCAGUGACAGUUUGAGAAUGGUUUAAUUUAAAUGCAUAAGUGGAGGGUGAAGGAAAGAGUAUAUCUAUUUAUAUGGACAUUAUGGACAUACAUUAAAGGUUAAAUAUGAAAAAGUGGCUAAUGUUGGUAAAUGAAUGUUUGUAUAUGAAUUUAUUAGCUACUAGCUGCUUUAAAGUUGUCAUGAGUAAUCGUUUUUAUAUUAAAGUGUAUGGUGAAUGCAGAUUUUUCAUCAUCAUGAAAUCCAAAACACCGGAUGAAACUUAAUCAGUUUGUUAACAGCAAAUGAAUUAUAGUAAUAAAAUUAUUGAUUACAUGUC